AUGUUACCACCAAUAGUUCUAGAAAACCAGAAGAUAAGAUUUUCUGGAACGACUCCUUUUGUCCCAGAAAUUGCAGUGAUGCCAGCAAAGAGGGUAAAGUUCCCUGCUUAUUUGACUUAUAAAGGUGAGACUUGUCCAAAUGCACAUCUCUCAACAUUCAAUAAUGAGAUGGACAUGGAUAGUCACACUGAUGCCAAUUGGUGCAAAAAUUUCAUCGUGACCUUAACGGGGACGACACAAAAAUGGGUCCAGAGUAUACCAGAUGGUUCAAUCGUGAGCUUUGAUAAGCUGACUAAAAAAUUCAAAUGUUAUUUCUCAUCAAGGACUGCCAGAACAAAGCAAUCUAUAGAGAUGAUGAGCAUAAGGCAGGGGAAAGAUGAAUCGUUGAGGAAUUAUGUUUCAAGGUUUGACAAGGAAAGUCUUCAGGUACUAAAUCCUGAAGAGAAUAUUUUAACUUUUGCUUCCAGGCAGGGUUUGAAUUCGAAAAAACCUGAAAGUAAAGCGUUAAAAUUUAGCAAUCAAUGGACGUAUUUGAAGACAAUGAAGGAAGUCGGGGAGUAUGCACAGUUCCAUGUGGACGUUGAAGAUUUCAAAAAGUCAAGGGCAAAAAUUUUCAAUCUGCACAAGGAUGAUACCAAAUGGCAGCGUCCAAUCAAGAGAAAGCUGGCAGGAAAGAAUCCAAACACAUACUGCAAAUUUCAUGAAUGUCCAGGGCAUUGGACUGAAUAUUUUAAAUCUUUAAUGAACAAUAUUGAAGAUCUUAUCCUAAGAGGUUCCUUCCAGCAGUACAAGAAAAGAGGAGAGUCAACAAAAGGACAAGUUGUGGGCGGAUCUACGAGGAGAGAGGAAGCCAGAAACAAGGAAGAGCCAAUUAGAGUUGAUAGAGGUGAUAGACCAAUAAGAGCCACAAGCUAUGCCAAACAUGACAAUUUACGAGAGAGCAUUGCAGAGGGGUGUCAUAUCCUCAUGACAUUUACCAAAGAAAAAGACCCUCUGAUAAUGGUUGUUGACAUUGCUGAUUAG